AUGUCUCCCGCGUCCCGGCAUAACGUUUUCAUCACAUACAACAAUCCCACCGAACUGAAGAGCAGACAGAACCGCCGUGCUGUUUCGUCAUUCGCCUCGAAAAGCUACCGCCCAACUUCCAAGCGCAUUGUCCUGGAGCGGACGCACUAUCGUCCGUUUGUGCGACGGUCCGAUGGAGAGACACCGCCGCCCACAGAUCCCAAAACGAAAAUGAAGAUACCUCGGAUUGGGACGCAAGGACCUGCAUCGACAAACCCCGAAGAGGCCACACUAGCCUCAACUCCUUGUGGAGUCCAGCCUUGGAAUGAUUGCACGCUGGGGACCCCUGUGGCGGACCCGUUCACAACCUACCCGAUCAGCUAUACACCCUAUGUACCAUUUCUGGUAGAUUAUUUCAUUCGAUUUCUCACUCCCCGUUUCAGCCCUGCACUCGCCGUCGAGACCAGCCGCUAUCUCAUUUGGUUCAAUGUGGCCAUGCAUAACUCCGAGUUGUUCCACGCUCUGAUCGCCUUGAGUCAAGUAUACUACAACAUCGACGUCAAAGGGUUUGGCAACACCCACUGGACGGCGCUGUACCACCGAGGCGAAGCAUUGAAGCAGCUCAGGCACAAAGUGGAGACGGCCGAGAGUGCAGACGAUGAUGCUGCCAUCUUGACCGCUUUGUGGUUGAUGGACGUCGACGUGGCACACGGCGAUCUACAUGCUUAUGCCAUGCACAAGCGGGCGAAAGAGAGAAUGGUGUUGACCCGAGGUGGUAUAAGGAAGCUGAGCGCCGAGCUCCAGGACGAACUGUUAAAAAGCGAGUUCUUCUUGCCACUUCUCCUGCAUGGCAGGUUCGUGUGUGAGCUCACCACCGACGACAAUGUCCUGGUCAGGUUCAAAGAGGACGACCCCGUCAAGUCAACCCAGGUGGGAGGAUUCCAGGGACUCUUCUCGGUGAUCGCCGGUAAGGGUCUCAUCACAACGCAGACGGUCGAGAUACUGCAACGGAUAUUCAAGCAAGUCUCGAGGGAGCCGCAGUUCGUUCGGAGUGGCAGGCAACGCGGGGGCUUCGGCGAGGACGAGGAAAACGACAGCAGCUCGCACCCGCCUCGACCCGUCGAUCAAGCCUUCAAUGAAAUCAGUCGAGUCCUCCGCAUCACUGACGAAGUCAGACCGCAAUCACUGCAUCAUCGGCUCUUCCUCGCCUUGCUAAUCUACAUCUUCAAUUUCCACAAUCAACCACAACUGCUGCCUCCGGCAAAGCCACCGUUUUCGUCACCGUCAUCGUCAUCGUCGUCAUUGUCAUCCCCUUCCUCUUCAUCCUCCAGCACGACGAUCGCCAAGAUCCGCCAUCCCUAUCUGGAGAUCCUAUCGAACGUGGCGCUCGAGCUGUCCCAGCCCAGCAAUCCAAACGAUCCCAAUUUAGUCACUGAGCGCGAAGUCACGCUGUGGACCAUGGUGGCGAUCGGGUCGGCGUCGAGCUUCAGCCCGUGGCGUCUCGAGAUCCCGUUCAUGGGGCAUUUGAUCGAGUGGAUGGAGAAGGACUACGAUGAUGAUGGUGGAGGAGAAGGAGAGAAGAAGAACCUGGAGAGACUCACGGCCUGUCUGAGAGGGUAUUACCUCUACGGUGCAGACAAGAAGACACUGCGAAGUUUGCAGAGGUGGCAGACCUCUAACACGUCGCGGGAGCCGCCACGGAGACCGCGGCAAGCUCCACAUCAAUCACGACCGUGA